AGCUAUAUGAUCAGAGACUGCAGUUGUCGAACACACGACGGUUCACGUAAUGGCUUGUAGAUUUUAUUUUUGUUGUGCAAUAUUGUUAUCGUUUAUGUGGUGGGAUUUAACCAAUGCAGCUAAUAGGGUUAAGAGAAAGGCUGAUUUUCUGAAGGCCUUACUCUAUGAUUAUGAUUACCAGAUUCCGCCCAACUACGAAUCAGACCAGCCGUGUAAUGUAACAAUGAAGUUGUUUAUAGAAAGUUUUCAUUCAAUCAGUGAGACAGAUAUGCAAUUUGUCACUGACGUCAUCAUAGAACAGAGAUGGAUAGAUCCAAGGCUGGAUUUUUCUGGAGUGAUCGAGUCUCCAUUUUUCGAACUCGACACAAAAAUGAUGAAUCGAAUAUGGGUUCCUGAUUUAUAUAUACCUAAUGAAAAGAGUGCCUACUUUCACGAACUAACAUUACCAAAUAAAAUGUUACAUUUACACAGUAACGGCAGCGUCGUUUACAAAGCCAGAAUCACACUGACAGCCGCCUGUUAUAUGGACCUAAGAAAAUAUCCCUUAGAUACCCAAAUAUGUUCCUUAUAUUUUCAAAGUUUUUCCUACAGUACAAGUAAUGUGGUGUUUGUAUGGGGUCCUAAUCCCAUCAACAAUAAAAACGUGAAAAAGACUUUACCAAAGUUUGAAAUUAUAAAUACAACAGUCGGCGAGUGUAGUAAUACUUUUGAAGUUAACCAUACCUGUAUAAGUGUACACUUUCACCUGGCACGUAAUCCAGGUUUUUAUAUUCUUCAUGUAUAUAUACCAAGUAUACUUAUAGUCAUCAUCUCUUGGAUAUCAUUUUGGUUGAGUAAAGACGCCGUAACAGCCAGGGCUUCAUUGGGGAUCCUGACCAUCUUGACGAUGACCACACAAACUACUUCAUCUGUAGCAUCACUCCCUAAAGUUUCUUAUAUAAAGGCCAUAGAUAUAUGGAUGGUAGUAUGUUUAGGAUUUGUAUUUGCGGCCUUUCUGGAGUAUGCUGUACUUCAGGUACUGAUUAGAAGAAAUUCAUGUACACAACGGACCCAUCUUACGGCUCCGGUUUAUGAAGAGGUCGCUUUGGUGCCCACUGAAAAAGAAACCGUUGUGGAAGAAACUGGUGCUGAACCCGUUAGUAAUAAUCUGUAUUGUGUUAAUGAUGGACCCAUCAAAAGGAAAAUCGGCGUUAAAAUGAUGAGGUAUGAAAAUCAAGAACCGUUUUUUUCACUACCCGACAACACCAAAACCCCUAAGCUCACCGUUUGUGCUGGACUGGAUAUAUUUUCACGAAUUAUCUUUCCUACAAGUUUCAUUUCAUUCAAUUUAUUUUACUGGAUAUAUUUUUCUUCAUCUGUCAUCCUGAAUCAGGAUAUUCAUACCAGUUGAUUGUAAAGUCGAUGACAUUAGUGACAUGACCAGAAAAGACACGUGGAGGCAAUGCCAAAUAACGUUAUGAGAAAAGAUAGGUUGCCAGGCAACGAAACAUACGCCCACAGCAGCUAAAUCGUCCGGACAGUCAACAAGAGUUGUCGCAUAUUUUUACUUUUUUCGGUAAUGAAACAUUUAUAAUACACUAAAAUCUGAUUAAGAGCAACAACUCAGAAAACCAUUAGAAUUUGUUUGGUUUUUAUAAAGUUCUGCCCCAUGCUAACGUUUUGUAUACAAAACUUUUAAUACUGUAUCAUGGAUUUAGCUGUUCCAAGUCAUAAAAAUUCAUUGAAAAUCAAUAUACUUGCUCGUCUCAAGAUCCUAAACUCUGUGUAUCAAUCUGAAGUCAAUCGGAUAUUAACUUUGGCCUCUAGAGCGUCCACAAGAUUUUUCAAAGUGAUCAAGGGCCAUAACUUUGGCAGUAAUUAUCAGAAAUCUUUGAAAAUCAAUAGGAUUCUUCGCCUCGUGACCUCAAACACUGUGUAUAAAUUUAAAGUCAAUGAGAUAUUAACUUUAGCCUUUAGAGCAUCCACAAGGUUUUUUUGAAGUGACCAAGGGCCAUAACUCUGGCAGUAAAUAUCGAAAAUCACUGAAAAUGAAUAGUUUUCUUCGUCUCAUGACCUUAAACACUGUGUAUAAAUUUAAAGUCAAUCAGAUAUUAACUUUAGACUCUAGAGCGUCCACAAGAUUUUUCAAAGUGAUCAAGGGCCAUAACUCUGGCAGUAAUUAUCGUAAAUUGCUGAAAAUCAAUAGGAUUCUUCGUCUCAUGACCUUAAGCACUGUGUAUAAAUUUAAAAUCAAUAGGAUAUAAUAACUUUGGCAUCUAGAGAGUCCAAAAGAUUUUUUUGAAGUGAUCAAGAGCCAUAACUCUGGCAGUAAUUAUCAGAAAUCGCUGAAAAUCAAGAGGCUUCUUAGUCUCAUGACCUUAAACACUGUGUAUAAAUUUAAAGUCAAUCGGAUAUUGACUUUCGCCUAUAGAGCGUCCACAAAAAUUUUUGAAGUGAUCAAGAGCCAUAACUCUGGCAGUAAUUAUCGGAAAUCGCUGAAAAUCAAUAGGCUUCUUCGUCUCAUGGCCUUAAACACUGUAUAUAAAUUCAAAGUCAAUCGGAUAUUAACUUUAGCCUCUAGAGCGUCCACAAGCAAUUGUGGACGCCGGACCGACGGACGGACAGGGGCGACGACAAUAUACGACCCCAUUUCAAUGUGGGCGUAUAAAAAGCUAAUGUGGGUGCUUAUUAAUUUUGUCCAAAUUGUGUCAUACUUAAAAUAUCAAGUACAGAUUGGAACCCCAAUCAUUCUGUGAAAAGAAGAAAAUGGUCAAAUUUGGGAGAUUUUUUUAAGAAACGAAGUAAACAGAAAAUGACCCAAGAACCCAAAACGGCUAAUGUAAAAUCCAGUAUGCAAAUGUCGAUUUACUUUUGACUUUGUUUUCCAGUUAGGCCUUAAAAGUUUUACAUUGAUGUACAUGCACCAUUAGCUUAUGGAACUUGACUAUUAUGAAACUUGUAUAUAUGAAUUUUUGGAUGACUCCUUUGUUUACGCUUCUGCAUAUUUCAUCUAAUUUAAAUAUGGACUCGGGACAUUAUUAAUGUCUUAAUAACGAAUUAAGUCACCCUGUUUAUAGUCUUUUAUCUCCUUUUCCCUCCCCCACCACCUUUGCGUGGCGAAUUUCGUUAACUUUUUAUUGUAGAAUUGAAGAAAAGGGUUUGAAUUUACAUUUUCUGUAAGAUUUUGGUGAACAGAACCCAUAUUCACGAUUUUCCACCGGAAGGAUGAAAGUUCAGAGGAUGGUUAUAUUGAAAUGUAAGGCGGAUAUUGAGUUAGGUGUUUACUGGUAUGCUACUUCCAGUUUGUGUAUCUCAGUAUUUCCAUAUUGAACACCAUACGGCUUUUGAACAGGCGUUGCCACAUGUUGCCCGAGUUGUGGUAGAAAGCGUUCAACACAACGGAAAUAUUGGGAAAAGUUAGAGCAAGUUUAAAGAUAUUAAAUUGGAUAAUCCAUAAACAGCUGUUUAUUUAGAAUAUGGUUUGCCGUGAAUGACUGCUAAUAGCUUUGUCGUAUUUGUCCAUGUGCCACACCUGUGUUAAAAGUAUAUUGUCUCAAUAUAUACUAUUAAAUGACACAUACGAUAAUAACACGUUCAUGGUGUUCUUUGAUAUCUCUGGAAGUUCUAUUUAAUAUAUAAAUAAAUACUACCAAUGUAA